GAUACGGUCGGUCAGUGAACAAAACAUACAUAGAUCAGCAGAUCUCUCUCCGGUAUCAGUUUCUCCUCUUGUUUUCGGCCUAGUUCGCUCACUCUCCGAUGGCGGCAUCAAUCAAUAACCGACCACUCAACCACCUCGAACCCUCCCUAGACGGGGCCGUCCUGUUCUCUUCUUGGAGCUCCUGCCCGAGCCGUCCAUCAGAUUCUCCUGACGCCCCGGCCCGAGCCUUGCAAAUGAAUCCUGUUCAGGAUGAGGAGCACUAUAGCUUGUCAAGCGAGGAUGAGGCCGGUCAGUCGAAGGAGUACGUUAAAGUGAUGAUAAAUGGAAAAACCGACAUCGAGUCAACCGUCCAUGACCCACUCGAUGAAUCAACAGCCGACAGUUGGAUCAAGCGCAGCCCUUCCAUGGUCCGCCUCACCGGGAAGCACCCUUUCAAUGCAGAGGCACCACUGGCACGCCUCAUGCGCCACGGGUUCAUAACACCGGUCCCACUCCACUAUGUGCGCAACCACGGACUGGUCCCUCGGGCCAGUUGGCAGCAUUGGACGAUCGAGGUGACUGGACUUGUGAAGCGGCCAGGGAAGCUCACUAUGAACAGGCUCGUAGCUGAUUUCCCGAGCCGGGAGCUCCCAGUCACCCUGGUGUGUGCCGGGAACCGACGGAAGGAGCAAAACCUGGUCAAACAGAGCAUCGGAUUUAACUGGGGACCAAGCGCAGUGUCCACUUCGAUUUGGCGAGGUGUACCGUUGCGGGAUGUUCUAAAGAGAUUCGGCAUCAUGACCCGGAGAAGCGGGGCCCUUUAUGUGUGCUUCGAGGGGGCCGAGGACCUUCCUGGUGGUGGUGGGUCGAAGUAUGGCACGAGCAUCAACAAGGAGGUCGCCAUGGACCCAGCAAACGACAUCAUACUGGCCUAUAUGCAGAACGGGGAACUUCUAGCACCGGAUCAUGGUUUCCCUUUGAGGGUGAUCAUACCGGGAUACAUCGGGGGCAGGAUGGUGAAGUGGCUUCGGAGGAUUAUAGUCACGACUAAGGAGUCCGAUAACUACUACCAUUACCGUGACAAUAAAGUCUUCCCAUCUCACGUCGAUCCCGAGCUAGCUAAUGCUGAAGCUUGGUGGUACAAGCCGGAGUACAUAGUCAAUGAGCUGAACAUAAACUCAGUGAUAACUACCCCUUCCCACGAGGAGAUUUUGCCCAUUAAUGCCUCGACCAGCCAGAGACCAUAUACCCUGCGCGGCUACGCCUAUUCUGGAGGCGGGAAGAAGGUGACACGUGUAGAAUUGACAAUGGAUGGAGGUGCCACGUGGCACGUGUGCGAAUUGGACCACCCGGAGAAACCCAACCGGUAUGGAAAGUACUGGUGCUGGUGCUUCUGGUCCCUCGAGGUCGAGGUCCUCCACCUGCUCCCGGCCAAGGAGAUCGCGGUCCGGGCCUGGGACCAGUCCUUCAAUGUGCAGCCCGAGAAGCUAAACUGGAAUCUCAUGGGGAUGAUGAACAACUGCUGGUUCAGGGUCAAGACGAACAUGUGCAGGCCCCACAAGGAAGAGAUCGGGAUAGUAUUUGAGCACCCGACCCAGCCCGGGAACCAGUUGGGUGGCUGGAUGGCCAAGGAGAGGCACCUUGAGCAAGCAUCCGCUGAUGCCACCCUGAAGAAGAGUGUCUCGUCUCCUUUCAUGAACACAUCCUCAAAGACAUUCUCUGUCUCUGAGGUUAAAUCACAUAAUUCGGCCGAUUCCGCAUGGAUCAUAGUCCAUGGCCAUGUCUACGACUGUACGCACUUCUUGAAGGAUCACCCUGGCGGGGCCGACAGCAUCCUCAUCAAUGCGGGGACGGACUGCACCGAGGAAUUCGAUGCCAUUCACUCUGACAAGGCCAAGAAGCUUCUCGAGCAGUACCGUAUUGGAGAACUGAUCACAACUGGCUACAAUUCGGACUCCUCAUCAGGCUCUAGCUCCUCCGAUGGCCUAGUAAAGGGAGUGCAGCCCAUUAAAGAAGCAGUGGGCCCAGCAAGACGUGUCGCACUCCGCCCCGGCGAGAAGAUCCAAUGCAAGCUAGUCUCGAAGACCUCGAUCUCACACGAUGUCAGGAUUUUCAGGUUUGCACUCCCAUCAGAAGAUCAGCUACUGGGCUUGCCCGUUGGGAAGCAUUUAUUUUUGUGUGCCACGAUCGACGGGAAGCUGUGCAUGAGGGCCUAUACGCCUAUUAGUGGGCCGGAUACAAUAGGGUACUUCGACCUCGUGAUCAAGAUUUAUUUCAUGAAUGUCCACCCGAAAAUUCCCCAAGGCGGGCUCAUGACGCAGUACUUGGAAUCGCUUCCGAUGGGCUCGGUGUUGGAGGUGAAAGGCCCCCUAGGCCACAUAGAGUACACCGUUCGAGGAGGGUUCUUAGUCCAUGGAAAGCCCAAAUUCGCGAAGAGGCUGGCGAUGCUGGCUGGUGGGACGGGGAUCACACCAGUUUAUCAGAUAAUGCAGGCGAUCCUCAGGGACCCAGAAGAUAAAACCGUCAUGUACCUUGUGUAUGCCAAUCGAACCGAAGGGGACAUACUGCUAAGAGAAGAGCUUGACCGAUGGGCGGAGGAGCACGGUGAGAGGCUGAAGGUGUGGUACGUGGUGCAACAGGCUCCUAACGAAGAUUGGAAAUACAGUGUCGGGUUCAUCACAGAGAGCAUUCUAAGGGAACACGUCCCUGAAGGGUCGAAGGAGGUCCUAGCGCUAGCAUGUGGACCCCCACCGAUGAUUCAGUCUGUGCAGGCUGAUUUGGAUAAGAUGAAUUACGACAUCAAGGAAGCAAUGCUGCUAUUUUAGAGAAGGCCAUAUAUGGAUUUGGUACCUCAAAUAAGAUAUCAUCUAUCUAACCAGUCAUUCUCUAGCAAGUUCUGGGAUAUCCAGUCUUGCAAAUUACUUGAGAUCAAUGCUGAGAUUUAGCAUAGGUGAAAGAUGUGAUUGAAAUAUACCGACGUGAUCUGUUUCUUUCUAUCAAUAGAAAUUAUCAUGCAUUAGAAUUGAUUCCUAUGAGUGGAGAAUUAUGGUUAACAUAUAGAUCGUUCGAUAUGCAACUU